GCUUAAAACAUUUGGGGACACCAGGAUAGAGCUCCAGCUGGAUGAGCAACAACGCCGGGGUGUCAUCCUUCAUAAUGAAAAGGUGAAGAGGAACCGAGGAAUUUUGAAACGCCUGAUAAAUUGUGUGGUGUACUUGGGCAAGCAGGAGUUGCCGUUCCGAGGUCACGAUGAGAGUGUAACUUCAUCAAACAAGGGGAAUUACAUAGAGUUGCUGGAUUUAGUGGCAGAAUAUGACAGCGACCUGCACACACACCUCGCCACAUCAACAGUAUUUACCGGCACAUCUUCAAGGAUUCAGAAUGACCUGAUCAGCGCUGUCGCUAGUGUAAUGACGGAUAGCAUGAAAGAGGAGCUGAGGAAGGCACCUUUUGUUGCGGUCAUGUUGGAUGAAACGACAGACAUUAGCAACGUGGCGCAGAUGUCAUAUGUGCUUCGAUAUGUCACUGACGAUGGGAUAAAAGAGCGUUUCUUCAAGUACGAAGAUGUGACAGAGGACAAACGAGCAGAGGCCAUAGCUACACGGCUGCUGGAAUUCCUGAGGGAGAGUGGCUGUAUUGACAAAGUGGUCGCGCAGUGCUACGAUGGAGCAGCUGUUAUGGCCUCUGGAUUGAAUGGGGUGCAAGCGAAAGUUAAGGAAACAAUUCCACAGGCCCUUUUCAUUCACUGCUAUGCUCACAUCUUAAAUCUCGUUUUGUCAAAUGGAGCUUCCAAGAUAAGAGAGUGUAAGGUCUUCUUCUCCCACCUCUCUGGCUUGGCCACCUUUUUCAGCCGCUCAGCAAAGCGCACCAAGCUACUGGAUGAUAUUUGCCAGCAUAGGCUUCCACGGGCAGCUCCUACUCGCUGGUGCUUUCAUUCUUGCUUGGUGUGCACAGUGGCAGAUAAGACCAGGGAAUUGAGAGAGGUGUUCGAGCACAUCGUAGACCAUCACACAGAGUUUGAUGACGAAACUGUUCAUUGCUCUGAUGGAUACAUCACCCUCCUUACCAGCUUCGAUUUCAGCUUUUGGUUGAAAACCUUCCACGCUAUCUUCUCCUACUCGGAUGUUGUUUUUGAAAUACUUCAGAACAAAGGUUUUGAUAUGCAGUUCUGCCUGGCCAGAGUGGAUCAGCUACAGCGACAAAUUGAACAGGAGAAGGGGAACUUUGACAGCGUCUACGAUGAAACCCAGGCUUUGGUUGGUCCUCCGCGCGGCCGUGGAGCUCAAGGAGACGUUCGUGCACGGUACAGGGAGCUCCACUGCAGCGUAAUUGACAGCCUGCUAACCCAGAUUUCCAACCGCUUCAGUGACCACAAAAAGCUGGAAUUCCUGGCCCUUCUGGACCCGCAACAGUUCGGGCAUUACUGUAACUAUUUCCCAACUGCUGCCUUGAACAGUUUGAUGGAGAGCUAUGGCGGAUAUUUCGACCAGCCUCGACUGCACACGGAACUCGCCGUGAUGUACGGCAUGUCUGACAUUUUGGGGAAAAGCCCAGCCGACAUUCAUCAGUUUCUCCUCAAAAAAGGACUGAGUGAAAGCAUGAAACAGGUGUACACCCUCUCAUGCAUCAUCCUGACAAUACCUGUGUCCACUGCCUCUGUGGAGAGGUCCUUCUCUGCGCUGAAGCGCAUAAAAAGCUACUCGAGGUCCACGACUGGGCAAGUCCGACUGUCAGACUUGGCCUUAAUUUCGAUCGAGAAGGAAUUGCUGAUUGCUUUAAAAGCAAAGGAUCACCUGCAUGACGACGCCAUCAAGUUCUUUAUCCAAAAAGACAGGAGGAUGGACUUUGUGUUUAGGUGAUUUGAUCAUCAAAGUAUGCACGUGGACGCUUUGGACAUACCUGGAGAAGGAAUAAAUGGGUCUUCGGAAUGAUGGGAGUUAAAGACAAAAGGCGGAGACUAGUGUUGAAACUAGUGGAGAGACGAUCAAGAUGCCACCUUGUCCCUCUGAUUAGACGGCAUGUCAAGUCAGGAAACAGCAUUAUUAGUGAUGAGUGGAGGGCAUACAGGAGAGUGCUGAGUAACGUGGGGUACAACCACUACACCAUAAACCACAGCAGGUGGUGUGUGAACCCCCAGACGGCAGUCAUAUCCAACAUAAUGAAAGAGCUUGGUCGACCGUCAAAGGACAUGUCCGUAGACUGAGAGUGUCAGGAUUCUCAUGUUAUGUCACGGUUGUAGUUUUGUAUGUCUGGUUAUGGGUGUUUUCCUCUUGGUAUAUUGUCUGGUCCUUUUCCCUGUGUUUUUCCUCCUGUCGUUAGUUUCCCUGAUGUGUCUAGUUGUCUGAUUGUGUUCACCUGUGGCCCUUGUGUUUCUCCUCCCCUGCCCGGCUGUUUCUCGUCUUGUGAUUACCCCUCCGUGUAUUUAGUCUUGUCUCUUCCUGUGUUCAGUGUUGGUUCGUCUUUUGUUUGUGACUGAGUUCACCGGUGAGUGUUCUGUUUUUUCCAAGUUAUUAUUUUAUCCUUGAAAUAAAGGCAAUAUCAGUGUAAUCUGCAUUUGGGUCCUGCUUGCUUCACCCACCGUAACAGUACGAACCAACCAAGGA